GGCUGUGGGAGGGUGGGUCCGCCCGCCUGUUUACCGACCGUCGGCUGUCCUCGGCUGGACGCGGGCCGGCCCUGCCACCUCUCUUCCUCCAGGUUGACCCCCAACUUCUUUUCCUGCCAGAUACGAGUCGGAAUAGCUAUUCACAGUCAGACAGAACCACUUAUCACCUUUUGCAGUAUCUCCUGAGGAAGUCAGAAUCUGAGCCAGCAUGAAGACUGAAUCUUGUCUUUGGUCUGAUUUAUAAAUCGUACUUUUAUUCUAACCAUGUGCAAAGUGGAGGUUAUAGCAUGGAAACUAAAAUCUUACUUCCUGCUUGACAAAACUCACUUCAAGAAGUGCACAAUGUCAGAACGUGGAAUUAAGUGGGCUUGUGAAUAUUGUACGUAUGAAAACUGGCCAUCUGCAAUCAAGUGUACUAUGUGUCGUGCCCAAAGACCUAGUGGAACAAUUAUUACAGAAGAUCCAUUUAAAAGUGGUUCAAGUGAUGUUGGUAGAGAUUGGGAUCCUUCCAGCACCGAAGGAGGAAGUAGUCCCUUGAUAUGUCCAGACUCUAGUGCAAGACCACGGGUUAAAUCUUCAUAUAGCGUGGAAAAUGCAAAUAAAUGGUCAUGCCAUAUGUGUACAUAUUUGAACUGGCCAAGAGCAAUCAGAUGUACCCAGUGCUUAUCCCAGCGUAGGACCAGGAGUCCCACAGAAUCUCCUCAAUCCUCAGGAUCUGGCUCAAGACCAGUUGCUUUUUCCGUUGAUCCUUGUGAGGAAUACAAUGAUAGAAAUAAACUGAAUACAAGGACCCAGCACUGGACUUGUUCUAUUUGCACAUAUGAAAACUGGGCCAAGGCUAAAAAAUGUGUUGUUUGUGAUCAUCCCAGACCUAAUAAUAUUGAAGCAAUAGAGUUGGCAGAGACCGAAGAGGCUUCUUCAAUAAUAAAUGAGCAAGACAGAGCUCGAUGGAGGGGAAGUUGCAGUAGUGGUAAUAGCCAAAGGAGAUCGCCUCCUACUACAAAACGGGACUCUGAAGUGAAAAUGGAUUUUCAGAGGAUUGAAUUGGCUGGUGCUGUUGGCAGCAAAGAGGAACUUGAAGUGGACUUCAAAAAACUAAAGCAAAUUAAAAACAGGAUGAAAAAGACUGAUUGGCUAUUCCUCAAUGCUUGUGUGGGGGUUGUAGAAGGUGAUUUAGCUGCCAUAGAAGCAUACAAGUCAUCAGGAGGAGAUAUUGCACGUCAGCUCACCGCAGAUGAAGUACGCUUGCUGAACCGUCCUUCUGCCUUUGAUGUUGGCUAUACUCUUGUACACUUGGCCAUACGUUUCCAGAGGCAGGACAUGUUGGCAAUAUUGCUUACAGAGGUGUCUCAACAAGCAGCAAAGUGUAUUCCAGCAAUGGUGUGUCCUGAACUGACAGAACAAAUCCGGAGGGAAAUAGCUGCAUCUCUUCAUCAGAGAAAGGGGGAUUUUGCUUGCUAUUUUCUAACUGACCUGGUAACAUUUACUUUGCCAGCAGAUAUUGAAGACUUGCCCCCAACAGUCCAAGAAAAAUUAUUUGAUGAGGUACUUGAUAGAGAUGUUCAAAAAGAAUUAGAAGAAGAAUCUCCAAUUAUUAACUGGUCCUUGGAAUUGGCUACACGUUUGGACAGUCGACUAUAUGCACUUUGGAACCGGACUGCAGGAGACUGCUUACUUGAUUCUGUACUACAAGCUACUUGGGGCAUUUAUGACAAGGACUCAGUGCUUCGGAAAGCCCUGCAUGAUAGCCUUCAUGACUGUUCACAUUGGUUUUACACACGCUGGAAAGAUUGGGAAUCCUGGUAUUCUCAGAGUUUUGGUUUACAUUUUUCCUUGAGAGAAGAGCAGUGGCAAGAAGACUGGGCAUUUAUACUCUCUCUUGCUAGUCAGCCUGGAGCAAGUUUGGAACAGACACACAUUUUUGUACUUGCACAUAUUCUUAGACGACCAAUUAUAGUUUAUGGAGUAAAAUACUAUAAGAGUUUCCGGGGAGAAACUUUAGGAUAUACUCGGUUUCAAGGUGUUUAUUUGCCUUUGUUGUGGGAACAGAGUUUUUGUUGGAAAAGUCCAAUUGCUCUGGGCUAUACAAGGGGCCACUUCUCUGCUUUGGUUGCUAUGGAAAAUGAUGGUUAUGGCAACCGAGGUGCUGGUGCUAACCUGAACACCGAUGACGACGUCACCAUCACGUUUUUGCCUCUGGUUGACAGUGAGAGGAAGUUACUCCAUGUGCACUUUCUUUCUGCGCAGGAGCUAGGGAAUGAGGAACAGCAAGAAAAACUGCUCAGGGAGUGGCUGGAUUGCUGUGUGACUGAGGGGGGUGUUCUGGUUGCCAUGCAGAAAAGCUCUCGGCGGCGAAAUCAUCCCCUGGUCACGCAAAUGGUAGAAAAAUGGCUUGACCGCUACCGACAGAUCCGGCCUUGUACAUCCCUGUCUGAUGGAGAGGAAGAUGAAGAUGAUGAAGAUGAAUGAAAAAAAAAUCAGUAUCAGAAGACCAAGGCAUUGGAUCUGUGAUGACCCCAAAGUGUGGUGCUCCAAGCAGAGCGUGCAGCAUGGAAUGAACCAAACCUGGCCGUAUCUGCUCCGGAGUGUUUGCCUGAUCCACACCCAGUGGAGACAGUGCAUCUGAUGCAUGAGGUGACAGAGAACUUUGGUUGGACUACAGUUUGUAAAAAACUAAUUUUAUUAAGACAGAACUUUUUUCCUUUCAAAUUGUAAAUCUGUCUAUAAAUGUAACGCAUGUGGUUGUGUAAGAAAUUGUGUAAUAGGAAAAGUUGUACCAGCAUCUUCAUAUUAUUGAGAAAUUUUUUUCCAGCAUGGGCACUUAAAAAAAGCACAUGGCAGGUGAUUCUUUGUUCCUUUGAGAUACUCUUUUUUCAGUAGAACCGGUAUUCUACCUUCACCUUAAAAGAUCCCUUUUAACAUUAAGUCUCAAAUCUGGAAACUUUUUUGUAGAAAUUAUCCACAGCAAAACAUAAAAAUAAAUAAGCUUUUAUUUUAAUAAUUUAGUUCCUGUUGUGCCCAGUCAAAUCAAAUCUUUUAGGAACAAAACUGCAAGAAAAACUAAGAAUUUUUUAUUGGGUGAACUUCGCAUAGACAUUGUUUCCAUGUUUUGAAGAGGGUUUUGGUUUCUCUUAUUUUUGUUUUCUGAUAUGCCCCUUUUCAGUAUUUAGGUAUUUUGUUUGGAAGAGUGCCCUAAAAUGAGGGUUCUUACUCCAGACUCUGGCAGUGGUCUGUUUGUGAAUAGCUACUCCCUGGAAAAGGGAGCAAGCCCACUUGUGACUAAAUCGAUUGUAUGAAAUUUGCUCAGUUGGACUCCACUGACAAUGUUCUACCCCCAAUUGCCAUGCAGAGGGUCUUUGGAUUCUGUCUUUUAUCAUAACCCCUGCUACUCUAAGCAAAUCUUGUUAGAAGGGCAUGCCUUUCCUUAGGCAGAUUGGGAAUACCAGUUCAGUACAGAAUAAAGAUUUGGAAAAAUGCAAUAAGGUGGUAAAUGCAUUGUAUGAUGAAUUUCUCAGUGUGUAGUCUGAGAAUUUUUGCAUGUCGGUUAAUUGUGGUCAUUCUUAUUUAAAGUUAAAACUAUAAUCUUAGGUAGAAAAAAAAAUUUUUUUAUAUAUAAAAGUAUUAUUUGACCACUUCAGGUAUACAUUCAAUACUGGGUAAAAAUUUCAGACCUAUCUCAGGAACACAAAAAGACUUAGUGUCCUGAUAAGCACUUUCUUAACUAUUGAUAUGGCAAGGAAUUUGGAAAGAAGCCCAAUAUAUAUAUAGACACACACAAACAUAUAUUUUUCCUUCCCUGUGAUGAAAAGGCUGUGAAAACCUUUUUAGUAUUUGCUUGUUUUCUGUUUAGUUGUUACUAAAAUGUGCAUAACCUCAAAUUUGAUGCCAGAAUACUAAAAAUAGAUAAAUACCCAUGAGCUGUCAUGUCUUCAGUUCUUUCCCCACCUCUGAACACUCAGAAAGUUGUUCCCAGGAUGAAAGGAUAAUUUUUGCUGCAUGCUAAAACUUGAAAAUAUUUUUGCAGUAUGAUUCCAUAUAAAUGAAUUUUGAUAUAAUAAUGGUAAAUGUUACUGUUCUAAGUGGUUUAUGUUUUCUUACAAAUUGACUAUGGUUUGCUUUCAUUUUGGUCAGUAGUUAAUAAUCAAAGUUAUUCUGACCUCUUAGCAUCUGUAGUAACUUUCUCCAUGUCUAGGGAUCUUCAGUGGGCAGAGAUCCUGUACUAGAUGCCUGUUAAGCAAAAUCUGCCUUCCCGAUUGAAGAAGCCAAAGAGAAAUACUAGAGGAAAAGCAUCUGGUCACUGUAGUCUACAUUGCAGAUGAUGUUCAGAGAAUUACAGGCUCAGUAUUUAGCUUCUAUCUGUGUGUUGUGGUCUGGUGAGUGUUGUUUCCAUCCAGUUCUCUCUUUAUUUAUUUAUUUAUUAUCAGUGACCCUGACCACAUAUAGUUUGAUAGGUACAGUAUUCUUCCCUGUGGGAAAGAAUUAUAGAUGGUUCCAUUUCCUAGGCUACAAACAGGAAUGGGGCUUUAAAUGGUUUUCAUAGUAGAUUGGCUGUUAAAGGCCAAGUUUUCUGGUAAAUCAUUGCUAUAUUAAGCUCUUGAACUAUUAAACAGCCAUAAUUAUUGUCCCAAGAUAGAGUAGUACAUACUCUUUUGUUGAAGAUUAUAUGUGGCUGGGUGACAGACGUGAAUGUCUUUUGAUCGACUCUGGACAGUAAUAACUGUAUGGACUUAACUUUAUGGUUGUUUUUCUGGGGUGAAAAAGAGUGUGGUGUUUUUUGUUUUGACCUGUUCUUCCUUGAAGUAAACUUAUAAAUACACGAUCAUUUCCAAAAGACUGUUCGGGCAAUGAAGAUCUAAUUAAACAAGACCCAGGUGCACCACGAA